UAUCAGGAUCUGCUUGAUUUGUUGCCCCCUGAGAGGUAUCUUACUCUCUCCAAGAAAGAUAUUUUCGCUGUCCUCUCUCGUCCCAUCCCUUUUGAUGAUGAUUCUAAGGAACUAUGGAUUGAUAGAGUUACAGGACGGGUUUGUAUGGCAAUUUCAGCUAAAGGAAUGGCUAUAACUGGGAUUGAAGACCGGAGGUAUUGGAAUUGGAAUCCAACUGAAGAAUCUAGGUUCCAUGUUGUAGCCUACUUACAGCAGAUUUGGUGGUUUGAAGUUGAUGGAACAGUGAGAUUUCAUCUCCCACCUGGUAUUUACUCUCUAUCUUUCAGAAUUCAUUUAGGGAGAUUCACAAAAAGGCUAGGGAGACGUGUGUGCCACUUUGAACACACUCAUGGUUGGGAUGUAAAGCCUGUAAGGUUUUCGCUUUCAACUUCUGAUGGUCAAAAUGCAUCAUGCGAAUAUUACUUGGACGAUGUAGAGAGAGACGAAGCACUCGGGCAACACAAGCGUGGUUGCUGGAUCGAGUAUAGGGUUGGAGAAUUCAUUGUGAAUGAAUCAGAACCAUCAACCGAAAUCCAAUGGUCGAUGAAACAGAUAGACUGCACACACUCGAAAGGAGGGUUAUGUGUUGAUUCAGUCUUCAUAAACCCAAUUGGUGAUCUGAAGGAACACAGAAAGAAAGAUUUUGUGAAAUAGCUUUAAGAGAGAUGAUCACACACACCAAAAAAAGCUUUUGAUUCUGGCAAGGUAAAAAUUCUUAUUAGUGGUUUUUUUUUUCGGGUCAACAAAAUUCUUAUUAGUGGUUAUGUCGUCGUUUUUACUGGUUCCCAAAAUUAGGGUACAUCGAGUUUUUUUUAUUGUCAUUUUAUUAUUGUGCAUUUCAUCGAGUUUUUUUUUUGUUUGUUUGUUUUGUAUUUACUUCAUACUCAUUUUGUUACACAUUUUAGGCGAGAGGACUCUUUUUUGUGUGUGUAUACCAUGUUUAUAGGUUGGAUGUUGGAGACUAUGACUAUCUGUAUCCAACCAAGAUUAUCUGAAUUAUUGUCUCUGACUAAUUCUAUUUAUUUUGUUGUGUGUU